GAAUUUUGACACAUCUGUGUAUUGUGCAUUUAGUUGAUGCCUUCAGAGAUGUGUGGAUGUGUAGCAGGUAGGAGCGCAACGGCUCGCCCGAGGACACCUCAGUAGGACACAAAGUUUUGGACCGGCACACUCGCUGCUUCGCUAUAUCUCCAUACGGACGUGAGAAAGGGCGCAGCUGCUGAAACACCUCCAGCACCUUAAGCAAGGUCGUGGUUUGGACACAUGACCCGGCGCACUCGCCCAUAAAAGCCUGUCUUCGGCCCUGACGCUCCCACACUGCUGGUCACGAUGAGGGUGCUGCUCGCAUUCGCCGCGCUGUUUGUGGCCGUUCUCGGCAAGGAGACGUUUGAGGGGCAUCAGGUGCUUCGCAUUGUGCCAAAGGAUGAGGUCCAGCUGUCUCUGAUCAAGGACCUGGAAGACAUGAUCGAGUUCGAGCUGGACUUCUGGAAGGGUGUGACUGAAGUGGCCUCUCCUGUGGACGUCAGAGUUCCCCUCCACAGCCUGCAGUCCAUCAAAAUUUACCUGGAGACUCAGGACAUUUUGUACUCCAUCAUGAUCGAAGACCUGCAGGUGAUGCUGGACGAGGAGCAGGAGGAGAUAGAUUCCGCUGCUCGUGUGGCCGAGCCCAGAAACACUGACAACUUCGACUUCUCCAGGUACCACACGAUCAGCGAGAUCUACAGCUUCCAGGACAUGCUGGUGGCCGAGAAUCCCAACCUGGUCAGCAAGAUAGUGAUCGGUCAGAGCUACGAGGGCCGUCCCCUCAAUGUGCUCAAGUUCAGCACUGGUGGAACCAACCGUCCCGCCAUCUGGAUGGACACUGGAAUCCACUCCAGAGAGUGGGUCACUCAGGCCAGCGGCACCUGGUUCGCCAAGAAGAUUGUGUCCGAUUAUGGGAGUGACCCUGCUCUGACCGCCAUCCUCAACAAGAUGGACAUCUUCCUGGAGAUUGUGACCAACCCUGAUGGCUACUAUUUCACCCACAACAGCAACCGUAUGUGGCGUAAGACCAGGAAGCCCAACCCUGGCUCCAAGUGUGUCGGAGUCGAUCCAAACAGGAACUGGGAUGCUGGUUUUGGAGGGCCUGGUGCCAGCAGCAACCCCUGCUCAGAGACCUACCAUGGACCCCAGGCUAACUCGGAGCCUGAGGUCAAGUCCAUCGUGGACUUUGUGAAGUCCCAUGGCAACAUCAAGGCCUUCAUCUCCAUCCAUUCCUACUCUCAGAUGCUCCUGUACCCUUACGGCUACACCAGGACUCCGGCAAAGGACAAGGCCGAGCUGCACGCUCUGGCCAAGAAGGCUAUCACUGACCUGGCUUCCCUGUAUGGUACUAGGUACAGAUAUGGCAGCAUCGUCAGCACCAUCUACCAAGCCAGUGGUGGCACCAUUGACUGGACCUACAACCAGGGCAUCAAGUACUCCUACACCUUUGAGCUGAGGGACACAGGUCGGUACGGCUUCAUCCUGCCAGCCAACCAGAUCAUCCCCACCGCCAAUGAGACUUGGCUGGCUCUGAUGGCCAUCAUGGAUCACACCUACAAGAACCCGUACUAAAAACGUGUGUGAGUGUGUGUGUGUGUGUCAAAGUGGAAAACCCCCUGGCGAGGCCAUUGUGGGCAACUGUCACCUUUAAAACGUCAUCUUCACGACUAAUAUCACCAUUGUCGUCAUCAUACUCCAUGACUCUUUAGAUGUUACGAAAACCACAAUGUGUACAUUCAAAUAUACACAUAAAUCAACAAACCAGAAAACUGCAGUUUCUAGUUUCUUUAUGAUCUGAAAGUGUUUUAAUUCAGAGCAUGUUACACACUUUUUUUUCUGCAUUUCUCGCCUCUGUCUGCAUCACCUCCACCUCCUUCAAAUCUCUCAUUACAUCAUUGCAUCAUCAACCAGUCUUUACCUGUUUUUUUUUUGUGUUUUUAAGAGAUAUCUUAGUAUACAUCAAUUUGGGUGAAGCACAUUAUUCCUGUAUGUUUGAUCCCAGUUAACUUGUCUCAUUCUGAUCCUGCCACUUUUCACACAAAUCUCAUUUCAAUCUUAAAUUAUAUAUAUAUAUAAAAUCUCCCACAUUGGGUGGAAGAAUAUAAAUUGUAUUGGGAACCUGACCUCACUUUAGGCUAAGUCACUGUGGAUACAAUCAUAAGCUACAUGCCUAAAAGUGUAAUUAGAAAAACGUUUCAAGUUCCACCUGUUUCUUUUCCCCUUUUUUAAAAAAAUUCAAAUUUUCCUAUUUUUACGUAAGCAGAUGUGAUCGGCAGGAAGUAAGAGGUGGUUACAGUGAUCCUAUAGUAAACUGCUGAAUUAGAAGAGUCCCUCUCUUAAAAGUGGGUUUUCCAGGUGGUGUUCAUUUUAAUAUUCAUCAUUUCAGCUCCUAUACAGCAAACAAUCAUACGCUUUAUUCGUACGCAUUAAUUUAAAAACAAAAUCAUUUGAUAAGCUGCUGAAAGUCAGUUAAGCCUGAUGAUGAAAGCACAAUAUUAAUCACAAAAAAUGGAGAAGUCCAUAUUUUAUUUAAAUGCACUUCACGGGAGGCUGUGUGAGCGUAUUCAGUGGAACAAGUCCCUAACAUACCAACAAAACAAAAGGCCACAAAUGAACAAUACUGUUUUUCAAAUGCAUCUGGGGGAUCUGAAGUGCUGCUUGUAAUUUUGCUACAGGCGUGACAAAACGCCCAUUUCCUUCCUUUAGCCACACUGCAAUAUUGUGAUAAGCGCAAGCGCACGUCCAUCUGUGUGAAGCCCCCAAUCAAUCGGUUAGUGUGAUCACAACGUAUUGUACUUUGAUCGUCAUACACAGGCAAAAAAAAAAAAAAAAAAAAAAAGUCACAGUAACAUUAGUGUACAAGUGUAUAAAGGCUGUCGGUGCACCGUCGGUUAAGGAACUACAACAACACAUCAUGACAGUAUGAAGCAUAUUACAAAAAUACAGCACAACUUUUCUUGUUUUUACACAAUGGAUCAAGCUCGGCGACAUUAUUUGUACAUACAUCACACCUCAUUAAGUACAGAAAUUCCCAGCAUAUACUUCAUGUCAUGUCAACAUUCAAUCAUUGUGUCUGCAGCAAUAAAACUGUAACUCUUUCAGGGGUUCCAUUUAUUUCGUGGCUGUCGUACCAAUGGAACUAAA